GGAGGGCUCUGGCCUCUUGCAUUUUUCAGAGAGCCUCUGAAAGAAACUAAGUAAAACCAGCACCACCCAAUUUCUUUUGUAUUGUCUUCCACUCUCUCCAUCUUAAUUUGUCCCGUCUUUCACACCCUUCUCUCACCUUUCGUUUUUUUGGCUGUUUUCAUUUUUCGUCCACCUUUCCUCCUUUCCUCUUGAGCCGUCUCUUCUCUUUCUCUGUGUCUCUCUGACUCUCUUUUCUCUGCCUGCCCACAUUUGUAGAUAAAUCCCAUUACACCAUUCUUUCCAGUUUUUUUCUUCUUUUUUGCCCCUUUUAAAUUUAUCCUAUCAUUGUUUUUGGUUGUUUAAUUUGUUUCAAUCAGUGGUUUCUGGGUUUUUGUUAUUACACCAAGAGCUCUUCAUUCCAUAAAGAGCUUUACAUGUUCUGCAAUCCAUCAAGAGUUGCUGUGCAAAAAUGAAGCAUGAAACUUGGCUACCUCUUCGUACCUUCAUAAUCAUCCUCUGAAGGCAAAAGGAUCCAUAUCUCCCAAUCUUUAGCUUUGGUGUUUGCUUCCCUGUUGUUUGCACUCUCCAAAGAGGCUGUUUCAUUGGGUUUGUAGUUUCUACCACCAUGGCAACCAAGAUUUUCAAGUACUUCUCUCAAAUGUUUGUUGUGAAAGAGCGUGAAAUGGAAAUUGGGUACCCAACAGAUGUGAAACAUGUAGCACACAUUGGCUGGGAAGGCCCAUCUGAUAGCGCUCCCACUUGGAUGAACGAAUUUAAAAAUGGACCAGAUUUCUCAACCAGCUCGCUUGGUAGUAACGCUGGUGAUCGGAUGGGUUCCUCUAAUCCUAUGGCUUAUUCUCCUUGGUCCUCUCAAGAUUUUGAGCAUUCGAUGGGACACCAACCGUCCCCAGACAUAUUCAGAGACCUUCCUCGUAGUGAACUUCCUAAUGUGCCCAAGAAACCAAAGCGGAAAAAGGUCAAGUCUUCGUCUCCCUCGGCAUCAAGAUCCUCAAGAGCAACAAAGUCAAAGGCGACUGCAUACACCCAAAUGGAGGCAACACAAAACCUGCUAAUAUAGAAAGAGUGGAAUGCAAGAUUAUGAAAUUUGGUCAAUCAAAGUUAAAGAUAAACUGUCAAUGUGCAUAGAAAAGGAUUCUGGGUGCCCAUAUUUUGUGCUUGCUCUGCAAUGUCCACAAGGCCAAGAAGGAGUUAAGAUCCAAAUAUUUGGACAUGGCUUAUGUAAAUUUUUAGAAAAGCAUGAUGGAAAUUAUGUGGUCGGAGAAACUCUGGAACUUAUGUGAAUUUGAAAAGUGGAUGAUCAUUGUGCAAAGGGUGACAGCCAAUUUAGGAAGACACCAAGUUUUUGUUUUGACAUGAAUGUAAUAAAACAUGCAGUCAGGUUAAGAAUUUAGUUGUGCUGGUGGAUGGUUUGCUCAUUCAGAUUAUUGAACUUUAACAAGAAUACAAGAUGUUCACUUUUA